AUGUGGGGGUCCAACCAUAUUUUACAUGUGUUGGUGAUAGAUGACAAUAUGUAUUACAGAAGUAUGCGUUAUGAGUAUUACCAAUUGGCGAGAAAGGCAUCUCUAAGUUUUGCACAAGUUUACCUGCAUUGUCCAGUUGAGAUGGCAAUAGCUCGGAAUGCACAAAGAUCAGCUUCAGUUGAAGAGAAUACCAUAACCAAGAUGUACCAUCGCAUGGAGAACCCGGAUCCUGAGAAAUUCUCUUGGGAGACAUUUAGCAUCACAGUUGAUCAUAGCAUGAACUCUGACGAGAAAUGGAAAACUAUCCUUGGGUUGCUUGAAAAUGCCAUCGUAGCUCCAGCACCUCCUUUGAAAGUCUCAGAUGACAAUCAGAAGGCUAAAGACCGUGCAAUCUCAGAAAAAAGUAUUAUACAUCAACUGGAUCAGGUUCUGCGAAAACACAUCUCUCACAAGUUGGAAGAAAUUAAAGUUAAAAACCAUUCAAAGGACAUGUUGACGCGCGAGGCAGCGACCUUGAAUCAGCGUCGAAAGUCUAUUAUGGAACUGGUUAAGAAAGACACGAGGAUAGUUACGAAUCAGGUCAAUAUCUUGCGUGAUCUGGAUGUUGAUUCUGAAAAGGAUGAUAGCUCAAGUGAAUCAACAUCUAACAAAACAAGUGAGUUUGAAAAAACUACGGACAAAAGUUGCAGUGCUAUCACGGUGACUGGUGGUCGUGGACACUCAGAUGAGCGCAUUUUGGACGAAUCUUUCCUGUUGGAUAAUUUUUGGGAUGUCAUUUCUCGGGAAGAAUUUGGUGAUAUCGCGAGGAAAAUAUUUGAACAGACUUGAGUUUCCCUUGCGAAGCAUAUUGAUGAUUUUUGAGAUUGCAGGGAUGGAGGCAUUCUAUAUACGGUGAGUUUUGUGAAAUGAAAAUGUUAAUUCUAUUUACCACAACUGGCACAAGGAAUGUCACUGUGUUGGUCAUACUAGGAUUAAGAGUUGACAAGUUAUUCCCGUGAAAUCUAUUUUACUGCAAGUCUGCAUCGAUCAUCGCUGUCCGUGUGAUUCCUUUCCGCGCUUGAGAGAUCUUGAUCACUUAGUGUUGUUUUGCAAAAGUUUUACUGAAUCAUGUUUGUGUUAGGUUACCAGCAGUCUCAUCAAAUCCGGCAUUGUUUUAGAUUGUGGCGUUUACGUAGAAAAUUCAUUGUUAAGAAACUCUUUAAUGGCUGCUGGGUAACCUGGUAAAGUGUUGGGUAACGUGUCUAUAAUCGUCGGAAUCUGGCGUAAACGCCUUCUGGGCAAUGUGACCAACUAUUUCAUACUCAACCUUCAGUGUAUUUUUGACUUCCUAAACGCAUCGCUGAAAAUGACAACGACAGUUGCCGGUCUUUUUGAUCGUGAUUGGUAUCCUAGCAACACGAUUUGCUACUUUACGCCCCCCCCCCCC